AUGAUGCUGAACAGGUGAGUGUUUAGUGUGGAAAAAGUCUGCUGGUAGGAGGUAUAAGUUGCAGACAAAGUCUGCACUUAAGAAGCAAGGUCUGACAUGAAACGACAUGCAACCGUUUUACUCAAAAAUACAAGGAAAUGUAUGGAAAUCAUGCAGAAAAAGUCUGCAAAUAAGAAGCUUAAGUGGCAGACAAAGUCUGCAAGUUAACAACCUCCUUUUAAUGGGAUUCUCUGUUUCUUUUUUCCCUUUCAGCUUCUGGGGCAAAUUCGGCGAAAGGCAAAACAAACCCCAGACGCAUGUUAUCUAGAGCGCCCAUCAACUGUACUCCAUCCUGAACGACCCCUCCUACCACAUCAGUGCUGUCAGGAUCUGUUCCGAAGACAUCAUGGAAGUGGUCACCGCCCGAGCUGACAAAGAGGUGGAACGAAGCUUGAAGACCAAUUUAUUUAUUGCCAUUUUCACAACAGCUCAUGCCAGAUUGAAAUUGUACUCUGCGUUAGAAACAUUACAACAGCGAGUGUUGUAUUAUGACACGGAUUCGGUCAUAUAUAAAUGGCGCCCAGGG